UCCUCUCCAAUUCCCAUCUCCGCACAAGCAGGGAGGCGGCGGCAAGCUCCAAGCCUUCGCUCCUCUUCUCGAAGCCUCGGCGUGGGCACCGGCCGGCGCAUCGAAUGUCGGGUGAAGACGACGAGCUCCUCGCCGGCGGGGGCGUGCCUAUCCGGCCCCCGCGGCUGGAGGACGCGGGGCUCGAGGACUGCGCGCUCCCGCCGGAGUCCAUCGCCGAGGCCUUCUCCCUCGCCGCCGCGGCCGUGUCCUCCCGCCUCGCCCGCUCCCCCCUCUCCGACGACGAGGAAGACGAGGAGUACCGCAUCCCGGCGACGCGCGGAGGCGGCUGCGUGGACGACGCCGGGCCCGCCCGCGGGGCAACCGUCCCCGACACCGACGCCCUUGUCGUCGGCAGCGGCGGCACGGGCAACGGCGGCGCAGAUGAGGUCGUGGUUGUUGGCGGAGGGCGCGGAGGCGGAUGCGAGGACGCGGUGGUGGUCGGCGGCCGCGGGGAAGAGCAGGAUGGAGUCGUGGUUGUCGGGGAAGGGCGGCGCGGGGACGAGAAGCUGGGGAAGGAGGAUGGAUGCGUCGAGGGGGAUGGGGAAGGGGUCAGGGAACCGAGGCGCGCGCAAGACGGCGUAAAGGACGGCGAGGAGGCCGCGGAGAAGGCGAUCUUGGUGCCAGAUUUCGACUGAGCAUGUCGUCGUAGCUUGGGCCAAGGUGUGAAUUUCUUUUUAGCUUUGUUCUUGUUAGAGGCAGCUGCUAUGGUCACAUCUUCCGCUGCUUGCUGUCUGUUUGACUGUAAUGUAAUGUAUGGUUUUUAGGCUCAGACGAUGUAUUCUACAUUGUUUAGCCUUAGUGGCAUGGCUUAAGACUUGAGAGCUACUAGUAUUUUGUGCCUUACUGAUGGUUCUUAGCUGUUAUGCUCCUGCACAAUUUUUGCUCACUGAUGUUGUAAGAGUAGGACAGAUUGAAAUGGAAUGAUUAAGGAAUCACUGGUCUGGCAGACA